AUGGGUCAGGGCACGCCCGGCGGACUGAAUCGCCAGUUCCCCGGAGACCGGAAGAAUGAAGGCGACAAGAAAGACAAGAAGUUCGAGCCGCCGCCGGCGCCUGCCCGUGUGGGCCGUAAGCAGAGGAAGCAAAAGGGGUCCGAGGCGGCGGCCCGGAUCCCGACAGUGACGCCACUGUCCAAGUGCAAACUGCGGCUGCUAAAGCUCGAAAGAAUAAAGGACUAUUUGUUGAUGGAAGAAGAGUUCGUAGCAAAUCAGGAAAGGUUGAAGCCCCAGGAAGAGAAAACAGAGGAGGAUCGAUCGAAGGUCGAUGACCUGCGUGGGUCUCCCAUGAGCGUUGGGAACUUGGAGGAGUUGAUUGAUGAGAAUCAUGCCAUUGUCUCGUCGUCUGUGGGGCCAGAGUACUACGUCGGGAUCUUGUCCUUCGUCGACAAGGAUCAGCUCGAGCCCGGCUGCUCGAUUCUCAUGCACAAUAAGGUUCUUUCUGUCGUUGGACUUCUUCAAGAUGAUGUCGACCCCAUGGUUUCUGUAAUGAAGGUUGAAAAGGCACCAUUGGAAUCUUAUGCUGAUAUUGGUGGGUUAGAUGCCCAGAUCCAGGAGAUUAAAGAGGCUGUUGAACUCCCAUUGACUCGUCCUGAAUUAUAUGAAGACAUUGGUAUUAAGCCUCCCAAGGGGGUCAUACUGUAUGGAGAACCUGGAACUGGAAAAACAUUGCUUGCAAAGGCAGUUGCAAACUCUACAUCAGCAACUUUCUUGCGUGUAGUCGGAAGUGAAUUGAUACAAAAAUACCUGGGAGAUGGUCCUAAAUUGGUGAGGGAACUUUUUAGAGUUGCUGAUGAUCACUCCCCAUCUAUUGUCUUUAUUGAUGAAAUUGAUGCAGUUGGUACGAAAAGGUAUGAUGCUCACUCAGGUGGUGAACGUGAAAUACAGAGGACUAUGCUGGAGCUGCUGAACCAAUUAGAUGGUUUUGAUUCAAGAGGAGAUGUUAAAGUUAUUCUUGCAACAAAUAAAAUUGAAAGUCUUGAUCCUGCUCUUCUUCGACCUGGUAGAAUAGACCGGAAGAUUGAAUUCCCUCUUCCAGAUAUUAAGACUAGGAGGCGUAUUUUCCAGAUACACACAUCGAGGAUGACAUUGGCAGAUGAUGUUAACCUAGAAGAGUUCGUUAUGACAAAAGAUGAGUUUUCUGGAGCUGAUAUCAAGGCAAUAUGUACUGAAGCUGGAUUGCUGGCUUUAAGAGAGCGUCGUAUGAAAGUGACGCAUGCAGAUUUCAAGAAGGCGAAAGACAAAGUUAUGUUCAAGAAGAAAGAAGGUGUUCCAGAAGGGCUCUAUAUGUGA